UCCCGGCAGGUCACCUUGUGUCAAUUGUUUCACCGUCAAAACAAAUCCAAAAAAGCCGGAGAUAGAAAAAUAUCACUUUUAUCAUUAAAAGCAUCUUAUCGCGGUGCUGCUUAAACGUUUGGAAUAAUUCACAACUAUAUUAAGGCAUGCAAAGCUGGCCAUUGUCCAUCGCUUCGGUGCAAUUACUAGUGAAAAGCGUACACCGUAAGCUUAUCAGUGUAAUGUGAAUCUUUACGUAUGGUUUGUUUCGGGUGACUACCACCACAAAGCUAUGAUCCGUUCCGCGGAAUAAUUUGUUGCUUCAGUAAUCUGCUGCUCUUCGGCCGAGGCGUUCCGUGGACGUGCCAAUGUUGUUCCAAUCGUCAUCCCGCGUGCUACUGAACCGUUGGGUUAAUCAUUUUGGCACAUUUGAAGCUUCGACCAAAAGCAGACAGCUGCGGCAAAUCGGUGGAAUUGGCCAAUUGUCCGUGCUAGUGCAAUUUACCGCUCCUUACAGCGGGCUGAAAGAACGACUAAAGGAACCGAACAUCAUAGGCAUAAGAGGAUAUCAACAGUUACCAUCCAACCCAACCAUGGUUUCCCAAGGUCCAAUAGAACAAGUUAGCUUUACCAAAAACAUGACAUUCUUCACCAACCAGAAGCAAUCGUACCCAAAAGAUAAUCAAUCUUUACGGUUAACUGCCACGCUCGAUAAGCCGUUGGUGUUCAUCUUUGCCUGGUUACAAGCGUCGGAAAAACAUCUGGCCAAGUACGCUGAAUUUUACCUGGAACAGGGUUUCGAUGUGCUAUGCGUUCACAUAACACCCUGGCAAUUGGUGUGGCCAGUUUACGGCUCUCAGAAAGUUGCGGCGGAUAUCGUGAAAUUUCUCUCCAACAACGAUUUUCCCGAGGGCAUCGUGAUACACGGAUUUUCCGUCGGUGGCUACCUUUGGGGUGAGUGUUUGGUUAAACUACAUGCUGACCCGCACGGCAGGCGCGUGUUGGAAAAAAUUCGUGGUCAGGUGUGGGAUAGUCUGGCGGAUAUAACGGAAAUCCCGGUUGGCGUACCACACGCAGUGCUGCCCCAUAAUGCAACGCUCCAGGGUGUGCUACGUAACUACAUCAACUAUCAUAUGAAGCUGUUCCACGAGGAAGCUACUCAGUAUUACGUGAAAUGUACGCAUCUCUUCCAUCACGAACCGGCCCUGUGUCCGGCGUUGUUGCUCGUUUCAAAAACCGAUCCAGUUGGCACGGAAAAGGCAAACAAUCGGCUACGUGGUAUUUGGGAAUCCGUCGGUGUGAAGACCUCGUUAAAGUGCUGGGAUAAGUCGCCCCACGUUGGACACUUCCACAAGCAUCGAGACGAGUACAUUGAGUUGCUGCUCACGCACCUUCGUGCCCUCGAUUUACCGAUGUAUAAUCGAAAGGCUAAGCUCUAAUGACCCGGCGACAGGCAGUUUGCAUCAUUCGGUCACCAAUGAUGACAAGAAGUUUCUGGAUUUCGCACGAUGAAAAGCAGUGCAACACAGUUGAAAAGCAUUUCGAUUAAAAGCGAUAAGUGAUAAGCAGUCCUCGGGGAUUACAACACGACGUUGGUUCAGUGACUAUUUCUGGACCAACACCAGACAAGUUUAGGUUUUACACAGCUAACAGCUGACUUCUGGUCUGAUAAAGGAAGAAACAGGAAUUAGAUAAAUAUUUUGUUUAACGAAACAUAGGUGUCGAUAUAUCUAGCACAGCUGAGCGGAUUGCCUACGACACAAAUCCAACAGGAGUAGAGUAUGUAUUGCGAUAGAAAUAAGUAAACACCUCACGAAUAUACAGAUCACAUGCAUUUUCCUAAUGUACAGAAUUGACAUUGUGAAUCACGUUGAAGUGGAAUUAAAUUGGUGGAAGGAAUGUAAGCGAAAGGGAUUGCAAAUAAGCGUAGAUACGAUAAUGAUUUAAUGAUGUUCGCUUGACCGUCGCUAUGCUACGGUGGGAAACAUAAUCGGAAGAUUCAACUACAGUGUAGUAGCGUCAUUCAAUCGCUGACGAUAUCUAUCGUAUAGUAGACUAUGGACUUCGGAAUUGCAAAUGUUGCUAAUCCAAAUAUAGCACCAAUGCAGAGUUGACGACGUGACGGUACGCGUAUGUGUUUGGUAUCUUUGGAUGCAUGCCAGAACGGGGGGCAACGAAUAUGUAUAUUUUUUACUUUGGAUGCAGAAAACCAGAAUCACCAGAAUUUUGGGGCAGGCUUUAAAAGAGGGACGACUGCCGUUCGAAUGUCAGCUUCUGGAUUGAAUGAAAUACAUGUUUUGAAAAUAA